AUGGAGACGGCUCGCCGGAGACGUGCUGGAGCCGCCGGCCCUGCCUUCGCUUCGGCCAUCCUUGUGAUCUUCGCCUUCUCAUGUGUGGAAUCUAAACCGGCGCGGGCGCGAACGCCAGAGCAUGCGCCUGGACCGGCGUCGGCACCUGCCCAUGCGCCUGGGUCGGCGCCGGAGCCUGCCCAUGGGCCUCAUCCGGCGGUAGCCUCUCAUGCUCUGUUCAACUACAAGGACAAAGACCCAACUGGUCCCGACAAAUGGGCCAAGCUGAAUAAGGGCUGGGCUGCCUGUGGCGACGGCAAGAAGCAGUGCCCGAUCGACAUCUGCAAAGUGGAGAUCAACAAGGACAUGGGCCCUCUAGACCAGGCCUACAAGUCAAGCGCAUGCACACUGGAAAACCGCGGGCACGACUUCAUCCUGCAAUGGAAAGGUGGGAAUGGCAAGUUGACGAUCGAGAAGAAGGAUUACGUGCUCCAGCAGGUACACUGGCACGUACCCUCGGAGCACACCGUCAAUGGCACCAGGUUCGACAUGGAGUUGCACAUGGUUCACGAGGACUCCAGCAAGGCGCGCGCCGUCAUCUCCGUGCUCUACUCCACCAAAGAGGCCGGCGACCCCGACAAGACGCUGACUGAUCUGGCGCCGUAUUUCAAGAGGCUCGCCGGCAAGUACAACGAGGACGAGGAUGUGAAGGAGCCCGUUGAUCCGUCCGUCUGGGUCGACAAGGCCUCGAGCUACUACAGAUACGACGGCUCCCUCACCACUCCGCCUUGCACCGAAGGGGUUCUUUGGAACAUCCUCAGCAAGGUGAAACACGUGUCAAAAAAGCAUAUCAAGAUGAUGGAGUCGGUGAGCGAGAAACCUCAGCCAAAUGCCCGGCCGGCUCAGAAAAUGAAUGAUCGAGUUGUUCGCUACUUCGAAGGCAAAGAAGCAAAAGAUUGACCAGCAAAGGGUGCUAAGAAAGAGAAGAAAGCUUAAGUAGGGGUAAUGCUCUCCAGGGCUGUGGAGCUGUGGCUCCAUUUGCCCUCCGAUUCAGCUCCGAGGUUUGAGCCGAGCUUAACUAUAAGCACAUACACCCUCUAUAACUAAAUAUAAGGCGUGUUUGCAGUUCAAAAACGUCUUAUAUUUAGUUGCGGAGGUAGGGCGAAAUACUCACAAAAGGAAGAAUUUCAAAAUAUUUUCCUUUUACGGUAGAAAUUCAGGAUAACUGGUGCAAAGUAAUACACCUACGAGCCAAUGAGUCAGUUCUUUCAUCUGCCGAUAUAUAUUUUUUGGCGGUCAUAUUUCCAUUAUAGUUAAAGCUGCAGCUGUGGACGGCGAAACAGCGGACCCAAUGGUGGAUAUCAUGGAUUUUCUUCAUCUCUUUGCUGCUAUGUUGCAAAGGAGAUGGGGGAAUUGAGAUGCAAAAGUUUGUUAACAUGGGCCAUAUUGAUACGGAGAGAAAAACUUUCAAUAUUGCACCUUGUAUUCUUUUUGUGGAGGUGUAAACCAAUUAUUGCUAGUAGAAUUUUUUUUCAUGAGAAUGUAUCAUCAUUUAUGUGAGCAUUUCUCUGUUGGACUGAGUGAAGGGCUCACCUGGUCAGUAGGGGACGUUUUUAUGAAGAUUCGAUAUGUUGAACAAAGAUAUCCAAAAUAUAGUUGGAAUCUAAGGGA